UAUAUAGAUUUCGUAAUAUGUGGAUGGUUUUAGAUAAUAGUGAUAGGUGAAAACCGUGAUAACAAAGCAUAGCCGGAUUGGUGCUGCAGCAGCUGGUCGAAGGCGAGGCUGUAACAUUCGGUUUCGGACACUAGCCUUACUCUGCACAGAUCUGUUGCUGCUGCCUGCCUGACCUUACCUACCCUUGCUCCCUCCCCUGCGCUGUCCGCUUGUUCCAGUUCUGUUGAGACCACAGCCUACACAGGCCACACUUGUCACUCAUCGGCCAGACAGCCACCAGCAUUACGCUCACACAAGUUUCCCUGUGUCAUUGGAUGAACAUAACAAAGAAGUGAAGCCAUGGCAUCCUCAGCAGAAGUGGUACAACCGGCAAGUGAGCUGCAGCCUGCUGCCGCCCCUCCUCUCACUCCAGCAUGGGGUGGGGCAGGGAUGGCACCAGCGGGGCCCUCCCUCAUACCAGUAAGCCCCUGGGGGAGGGUCUCACCUGCUGCUCCACAAAGUGCUCCCCCAAAGUCCUUCCAUGAACUCAUGUCAGAGGACCUUGCAAAUGAUUUGCAGCAGAAGGAAACUCAGGCUUACCACCUCUCACUCCUGAAUGAGAAGGAGGACUACAGUGACUUCAUUAAGCCUCAGGAAGAGGUGGCCAAUGACCUCUACCUGGCCCAGGUGUUGCAGUAUGAGUACGACCGCGAGUAUGACCAGCAGCUGAACAGAGAAGAGAGGUUCUUCAAUGGCAACUCAAAGGUGUCAGUGUCCUUCAACAAGUUCAAGAUUUGCCCUUCGUGGUAUGGCCCAGACAGCGAUGACGAACCAGGGGAGAUAGACGAUGAGAACCGGGCCAUUGACUCCUUUGAGGCAAGGGAGCGUGAGGACCCUGUAAUCCCUGCUUGUGGCUAUAUCAAGCAUGGGGACAAGAUGGUCACCAAGCAUGACCUGGCCAUCUCCGGCAGGAAGAAUGCUGCCAGGAUCAUGAACCUCCCACCAGGCAUCAACACUGGUGAUGGAGGAGGAUUUGACAUGAAGCUUUCCAACAAGGUGUACAACAAACUGUGCCGCUCUGCCAUGACGGACUUGCGUAGGAAGAAUCGUGUGCAUGACAAGGUUGAGAAGGCCACUUCAGAGAUGGCCCUUGACCCAAAGACCCGCCUGCUGAUCUUCAAGAUGCUGAACAAUGCAGUGCUGGAGGCUGUCAAUGGCAUUGUUAGCUCUGGCAAGGAGGCAGUAGUGUUCCAUGCACAGGGUGGAGAGAUGGAGGAUGGGCCACUACCUGAGGAUUGUGCUGUCAAGGUGUUUAAGACAACUCUGACUGACUUUAAGACAAGAGAGCGUUACAUCAGGGAGGACUAUCGCUUCAAGGAUAGACUGUCUAAGAGCAACUCACAAAAGCUGAUUCGUCUGUGGGCAGAAAAGGAAUACCACAACCUUCGCCGCCUCCACCGUGCCAGUAUUCCCAGCCCCAAGCCAGUGCUGAUCAAGAAACACAUCCUGGUCAUGUCAUUCAUUGGUGCUGAUCACAUGCCUGCACCCAAGCUGAAGGAGGCACGCUUGUCCAAGGCUGAGCUGUGUGUGGCAUAUGAACAAGUGGUUGAGACCAUGGUUAAGAUGUUCCAUGGAUGCCACCUUGUGCAUGCUGAUCUUAGUGAAUACAACAUCCUGUGGUUCGAGGAGAAGUGCUGGUUUAUAGAUCUGGGCCAGGCUGUGGAGCCAACACAUCCACAUGCACUCCACUUCUUACAUAGAGAUUGCAUUAACAUUACCAGGUAA